AUGGGUGUUCAAACAGGAGUUCUGAUGACCUCAGCAUGCUUCCCCACCCAAAGAAUUGGAGGCCUGGACGUCGCCGGAGCAAGUGACGUCCUGUGGAACAACAGGGCAGCAUGUGGAAGAAGGUACAGAGUCAGAUGCAUUGGUGCUACAAAUCUAGCGCCCAGACCUUGCAAAAUCACGACUGUAGAUGUAACGAUCAUUGAUUAUUGUUUGCGGUGCAAUGGUACCGUUAAUCUCUCUCGAGACGCCUUCUCCAAGAUUGCUAAUCUUGAUGCCGGCAAUAUCAGGAUUAAAUAUAAUCAGUAA